CAUUCAGCACUUGCGUCGUGAUCGAGUUUUGUUUGAAGAAUUUAGUUUGAAUGUAUCGGUUGUUGUAGCAAUAAUGUCUUCAGUUCUUUAUCUAAGAGAGUUUAUCAAAGUGAGAUUAACUACUGCCGCAGAAGAAAUUUUCUCAGAGUUUGAAAAAACGAUCGUCCGGUAUGAGGAGGAGGUCAGUCAGCUAAGACUGCUUGAUAUCAGACCCGGGAUGAAGUCACACAACACCGGUCUGGAUGAUCAGCAGUUCUGUGACACGGAGAGGAGCUCCAGUCUCAACCAGGAGGACCCAGAGCCUCCACAGACUAGAGAGGAACAGGAGGAAAUCUACAGCAGUGAGGAAGGAGAGCAGCUAGAACUGAAGCAGGAGGCUGAAGGCAUUAAUGUGUGGACUGGGGAACUGGAGUUGUGUAAACCUGGAGUAAAGCUGACCACAACAGAUGAAGGUCUGGAUGACCAGCAGGUCUGUGACCAGAAGAGGAGCUCCAGUCUGGACCAGCAUGACCCAGAGCCUCCACAGACUAAAGAGGAACAAGACGAAAUCUCCCUCAAUCAGGAAAAAGAGCAGCUUUCACUGAAGCCAAAAACCAAAGAUGUCAUCGUCUGGACUGGGCAGGAGCUGGGCAUCAUGUGGAACCCUGAAGUAAAGUUGCAAAGAAUGGAUUUUCCACAACAUGACUGUAAGGACGAGGAGGGGCUCACAUGUCAGCACGUCUGCAACCAGAUGAACUCCAGUCUGGUCCAGGAGGAUCCUUCACAGAUUAAAGAGGAACAGGAGGAACUCAGUACCACUGAAGAGGGAAAACCGCUUGAACGAAAGCAGGAGACUGAAACUUUUCCUGCUCGUGAAGAAAGUGACUACAGGGAACCAGAACCAAGCAGUGUCCAGCUACUUUCUCACAACUCUCCUGACACAAAUCAGUGCGAAAGCAAGGACAAUUUGUGUGACUUACACACAAAUAAUUUGAAUCAAAUCAUAGCAGACCUGACGGUUAAAAAUUCCAAGAAAGUACAUUCAUGCAGCACCUGUGGAAAAACAUUUAAUAGGACGGGAAACUUGAAACGACAUAUGCAAAUUCACACAGGUGAGAAGCCACAUUCUUGUAGUUACUGUGGGAAAAGAUUUAGUUGGAAGUCAGACCUGACAAGACACAUGCGAAUUCACACAGGUGAAAAACCACAUUCUUGUAGCACCUGUGGGAAAAGAUUUAAUCGGAAGGAAUAUUUGAAAAUGCACCUGGAAUAUCAUACAAGUGAAAAACGAUAUUCCUGUGGCACAUGUGGCAAAAGAUUUCAUCUAGACACAAAUUUGAAUAGACACAUGCGAGUUCACCCAAGUGAGAAGCUGCAUUCUUGUGGCAUUUGUGGAAAAGGUUUUGGUCAGAAGACAUGCCUGAAUAGACACAUGCGAAUUCACACAGGUGAAACGCCAUAUUCUUGUAGCACGUGUGGGAAAAGAUUUAGGUGGAAGGCGUAUUGGAAAAUGCAUAUGGAUUUUCAUACAAGUGAAAAACAACAUUCCUGUAUCACUUGUGGGAAAAGAUUUCAUUUAAAAACAAAUUUGAAUAGACACAUGCGAAUUCACACAGGUGAGAAGCCAUAUUACUGUAGCACCUGUAGGAAAAGAUUUAGCGACGCAGCAAAUUUUGCAAGUCACAUAAAAAGUCAUACAGGUGAGAAACCACACUGUUGCAGAGGCUGUGGGAAAGGCUUUAUCCAUAUGUCAAGUUUGAUAAGACACAUGAGAGGCCACACAGGUGAAAAACCUUAGUUGUAGCACAUGUGGAAAAAGUUUCAGUUCUUCGGUACAGUUGAAAAUGCACAUGAAAAACGAUGCUAACUUUCAUUCUUAGAAAAUGUUAAUGGUGUCUCUCGCCACAUGCAUGUGUACAUUUGGUAAACAUAGCUUUUUCUAUGUGUUUUGGCUUUUCAUCCACCUUAAAUGAAGGGUGAACAUUUUCUAAAGCUCAGUUUUUGUUUACAUGUGGAUUAAAAAAAGCAAUUGAAAAAAUGAGUGUGUCUCGUGUGCGCCUUCAUCACUUUUUUCUAACGUCAUUGUUUUAUUAUUUGUAGGCUUUUGAUUGGUUGACAUUCCUUCAUGUUUUUUGAAAGGACCGCAACCCGACACACUGUUCCAUGUUUAACAGUCUUUACUGAUUUCAACACUGGUUUAUUCUCCAGGUUCAGCACCCAGGUCCAUCAGCUUUCCAGCUGUCGUUCCUUCUGGUCUCCGACUUCACUCUAAAAAGGGGAGAAACCUCUUUAGUUCAUCGUGUGCACCUUUCCUUCCUACCUCCCUCGCA